AUGGGCUCUCAACCACGAAACAGCGGUCACCGUGAUGGAAUCGACGAGAAAAGGCUGCUCGACAGCUAUACAAAGGAUUGGCAAGCGAUUAAAGCGGCUAUCGUCUCCAUGAGCAAGAAAUCGGAUGAGGAACUUCGAGAAUCUGAAGCGACUUUGACGGGUCUCAUUCAACAAAUGCAAAGCAAAAACGCUCAACAAGCCGCGCUGGAGCUACGACAAGUCGAGGUGAAGAACGAUAUUGAAUGUUUGAAGAAGCUCGAGAGUCAUCUUGCAGCUAGAGUAAAGAGUUCCACACAAAUGGAAGAUUCACUGCAAAAGGCUUGCGAUUCGCUCAACAAAAAGACUCAAGAGCAACUCGUUGUGGCUGGAGAAAGUUUUGAAGGAGAAUUUACCGACUCACUCAAUGAAGUUAUGCGCUUGUUUGAAUUGCAGACAAUUGAUCGAAGCGAAGAAGACCGACAAUUGGUUAAGACAUGUGCUGAGAUCGAUAAGAAAAUUGUUCAAGCCAUGGAUCGAGUGAAUGCAUUGCGACGAGCCGCCCAACAGAAACAACGAGUCAUCCAACGAACCGAUCCAUUCAAUGUGCCAACGGAAACGCGAGAAGCAAUUAUGAAUUCGGCCGCCGAAGUAAAGUCUCAGCUCAGCAAGAGUCUCAUCGAGAUGCGUCUAGAAAUUCGCUCCGCCAAUAUCAAGAAU